AUGAUUGAAGACCUGCUCGCUGGGAUGACGCCCGGCCAGGUGUCUUUAUGGCUCCUGGCACUCCUCUCCCUGGUGUGUGUGUUGCGCAAGAUUCAGGUGUCUACUCAAAUUGCGCGACUCGGUGCCAGAGCCCCGAAGAUCUCGUUCCGACUCCCAUAUGCUCUCGACUUCAUCUCCAAAGGCCACCAGGCCAACCUGGAAAGCCGGGACCUUGAAUUUUGGCAGCAUUCUAUCGCCGGCGCCGGAGGACUCAGCAAUGUGAAGACUGCAGAGCUCGACGCGGGUAUCUCGUCUCGGAUCAUCCUGACCACCGACCCGGAGAACAUCAAGGCGCUACUCACAGGGCAGUUUGCCGACUACGGCAAGGGUGAGCCCUUCCAUCGCGAGUGGAAAGAGUUCCUCGGCGACAGCAUCUUUGCCACCGACGGCGAGUUGUGGUCACGCUCGCGCCAGCUCAUCCGGCCCAUGUUUGUGCGCGAGCGCAUCGUCGACACCGAGAUCUUCGAGAAGCAUGUCCAGAAACUCAUCCCUCUCCUCGGCGGGAGUCGGUCGGCGACUGGCAGCAAGGUGGUCGAUGUCGGGUCGCUCUUCUUCCGCUACACCCUCGAUGCCGCCACUGACUACCUGCUCGGCCAUGGGACUGACAGUCUCGAGAACCCGGCGACGAACUUUGCUGAGGCUUUUAGAUUCGUGCAGCAGCGCCAGGCUGAGCUGUUCCGGUUCGGCGUUUUUAAUGUGUUCAUGUCGCGGACGGACUUCCGCCGGAACCUGAAGGUCAUGGAUGAUUUUAUCCAGCCGUACAUCGAAACCGUGCUAUCGCUUUCGACCGCCGAGCUCGAUCAGAAGCUGUCGAAGCGCGAGACAUUCUUGGAUGCCCUGGCGCGCUUCACGCGCGACCCCCGGGUUCUGCGUGACCAGCUCGUUGCAGUUCUACUGGCGGGUCGCGAUACAACCGCCGGCACCCUGUCCUUCUGUUUGUUUGAGCUGUCCCGCCACCCAGAAGUAGUAGCCAAGCUGCGCGAAGAGAUCCAUUCUCGACUAGGAGUUGGCGCAGAUGCGCAAAGGCCGAGCUACGUCGACCUCAAGGAAAUGAAAUACCUCAACGCUGUGAUCAACGAAACCAUGCGCGUCUACCCCGUCGUACCAUUCAACGUGCGCUACUCGCUGCGCGAUACUACCCUCCCUCGCGGCGGUGGCCCAGACGGUCUGACUCCCGUCGGUGUGCGCGCAAACUCGCGUAUCAUCUACUCGACCAUGCUAAUGCAACGCGAUCCGGAUCUCUAUGACGGUCCCGACUCGAAGAACUACCUUGAUCCCGGGAAAUGGAUCCCCGAACGCUGGGUUGCCGGCUGGCAGCCGCGUCCCUGGCAUUUUAUUCCCUUCAAUGGUGGUCCGCGUAUCUGUAUUGGGCAGCAGUUUGCGACCAUCGAGAUGGGGUAUACCAUUAUUCGCAUUUUGCAGGCGUAUGAGCGCAUCGUUGCAUUGCCGGUCAGUGGGAAGGAUAAGGUCGAAGACCCUGUGUUGAGGUUCGAGGUUACGCUCAGCCCGGGCUCCGAGUUGAACUGUGUCUUUGUCAAGGAUGGUGAAGAUGCCGCGCGGAAAGCCUCUACAGAAGGUGCUGUCUAA